AUGCUUGUUGAAGCAAAUCUAGUUGUUUGUCUUUCCACCUUGCCUUGUGAUGCAACAACAGAGAACAAGAACAGAGAUAAAACAAAAAUGAACACUCAAAAGGUGCAGAAAUAUCAGUGUGAUAUGAAAACAGAUCUGAACUUACUACUUGAAUGCCUUAAAUAUCAGAUGGACUGCCCUCUGUCUCAGAAAGAGGCUUUGAUCACUAUCUAUUCCAUUUGCCAACAGAACAGUGAAGCAAGCGAAUACUUUCGAGAAAUUGGUGGUUUGAUGUUUAUAAAUGACCUUGCCAAGUCGAGUGUUCAUUGCAUCGUAAAGGAAGCAGCUUUGUUUACAUUGGGGAUUAUUAUAGAGAGUAAUGUGUAUUGUCAACAGACUUUGUGUACCUCUGCAUUGUUUGAAGACCUCAUUUUAUUUUUAAUUAAAAAGGAUUCUGGUGUGAACUUGAAAAGAAUGUCUGUUUAUGUCAUCUUAGUACUGGUUUCAAAUAAUAAAAAUGGGCAAACCUAUGUCAGAGAUACAGGCUGCAUCAGCCUGCUGCUGCAGUUAUUCAGAACAACUCUCUCCACCUCUGAGAAGAAUCUGUCAGAUGAAAACACUGAUCCCUGCUAUCAGCUCUGGUCCUCAGUGUGCAGCACUCUCUGUGCCUGUGUCAACAACCCCCAGAAUGAAGAUAAUCAAAAUAUUUGCUGUUCAGUUUUUCCCUAUGCCAAAGAGUGUCUCGAGAGUUGCACAGAGCCUGGGAUAGUUCGUCCCAUUUGUUCAUUUCUUGGUCUCACAGUUGCAAAUAACCCAUAUGUGCAGAAAUACUUUGUUUCUAUUGGAGGAUUGGACACAUUAGCCAAAGUUCUCCUUGAGCUUAUGCAUGAUUCCUGUUUGAGUCUCUCCAGCAUGAAACUUGCAGUGGUAGUAACAAAGACUCUGGAUGCCUGCAUUGCUAAUAACUCUGCCAUGGGUGUUGUCUUGGCAAAGUACCACACUGUGUCAGAGCUGCUGAAGCUGCUGUCCAAUGAGACACUGAGCACAGGAGAAAAAAUCAGUAUAAUUCUGACAAUUGGACACUGUACUGAAGUUUGUGAAGAAAACCAGUGUGAGCUGCUUCAGAACAAUGGUCUGCCACUUAUGAUUCAGGUAUUGACAGAAUCUCAGGACGAGGAGCUCAUCAAAGCGGCUACUUUUGUGCUGCAGAACUGCAAACAAAUGACUGAACAGUUGUCUCUGAAAUUAUAUGAUAACUCACUAAAUGUGGACAGUGCAGAAGAAUUGGAUGUGCAAGUCAGAAAAAGUUGUCUACAAGACUACUGGAAGAAAGCAGAAGAAAUUUUACACAAAAUCAACUCACUUGAAAAAGAGCAUGAUGAGGAAAGAGUGCAAGGAGAAAUAUUUGUAGACAAAUCUUCAGUAGCCAAUUCUGGAGCAUUAAAAUCCCAUGAAGUGGACCCUGCUCAUUCAAAGAAGUACACAGAAAGAACACAGAAAGAUGUCUGUUGUCCACAGUUGACCUCAAAGUUGAAUAAUCAAGUUCUUGCUCCAUCUGUAACUUCUGCUCCACAAAAAAAUGAAACAGAGAACACUAUGGAUGCAGCUUCUGCCAGACAAACUGAGCAGAGGAACAUUCCAUGUUCAGUCACUGAGCUGCAAACAGACAGUGUACCUCAAAGUCACAAUAUAAAUAGAAAAACUGCUUGUGGAAAAAAUCAGUCUGGUCUCCAAGCAGGUGAACAGUUAUGUAAAAAACCAGCAGAGACUGUUAGAAAUAUGAAACAGACGUGCACAUCAGAUCAACAUUUAUUCUGCUCAGAGAAAACUGAGAGAGUCAAAAGUACUUCAGCUACAUCUUCAUCCCAUAAAAUGGCAGAUUUAAGGUGUUUAGGUUGCACAGCAGGACUGUCCUUGAACAGUAAAACCUUCACCAAGAUGUUGCAGAGUUCCCUGCACAGGUGUGAGCAGCACAGAGUCAUUCUGGAGGCAGAAGAAAGAUACCGAGGGGAACUCCGCAGGAUGGCUGCUGGAACUCACCAAAACAUGAUGUUGGCCCCAGUGAAGAAAGACAGGCUGCAUAAAGAAAUACCAACUUUUAGGAGCAAGAAGGGUAGUUUCCAAAGCAUUCUUUUGACUCCAAAUAGAAGAGACAAAUCUAAUACUUCAAAGAGAGAUGAACAUAGUAGAAAUAUUAGGUGGACUAGCAACUAUAACUUGACACCUGCAUAUGAAAAGUCUUUACGAAAAACCCAAGAUGCUAACCUGAAGAGACAGAGAGUCAAAGAGAUGUGCAGCCAGAAAUGUCAGAACUUACAAGAAAAUUGCACACAUUCACUUGACAAAGAUGAGGGCAAUGAAAUGUGUUCCCUGGCCAUGAGCAUGACACCUUUGAAAAAGAGAAGAGCCCGAAAAGAUUUCACAACUGAAGAAAUCAACUGCCUUUUGAAAGGAGUACAAAAAAUGGGCAACCACUGGAAUUUGAUUUUGUGGUCUUACCCUUUCCAGAAAGGACGGACAAGUGUUGAUCUUUCCAAGAAGUACUACAGGUUACAGGUGCAGAUGAAAAAAGCCCACAAAGGACAUCAAUAACAUCAUCUGAGAGUGCUUUGGAUUUCAUUGCAGAAUGUUCAAGAACAGCCUUUGUAACUGAGGUAUUGCCAGAACAACUUGAGCCCUUGGAGCAUUUAUGUUGGCUUGGACUCUUGUUUUUCAGUGACAACUGACAGGACUGUUAUGCAUUGUAAAUUUAAUUUACCAAAACCUGGCAAUGUCUUUAAGUCAUGCUAUCAUAGGCAACAAAAUCUC